CAACGUAUAUCUAUGGCUGGCCCAAAAAUGUUUCCGCGUUAGCGAACCCCGCAGAGAGAGAGAGAGAGAGAGGAAGGAGACUCUCGUGAGAAAAGCAAAGCUGUCGUUAUUUGAAUUUGUCCAAAUUCCCCAAAUUCAGAUUUUGUGUUAAUAGAAUCAGAUCAGAAGCGAUCGUUCUAGGUUUACAAUGGCUUCCAAGCGGAUCUUGAAGGAGCUCAAGGAUCUCCAGAAGGAUCCUCCCACCUCUUGCAGCGCUGGCCCUGUUGCCGAGGACAUGUUUCAUUGGCAAGCAACAAUAAUGGGUCCAGCUGAUAGUCCUUAUGCAGGCGGAGUUUUUCUUGUUACUAUUCAUUUCCCUCCUGAUUACCCAUUUAAACCCCCUAAGGUUGCUUUCAGGACAAAGGUUUUUCACCCGAAUAUAAACAGCAAUGGUAGCAUUUGCCUUGAUAUCUUGAAGGAGCAGUGGAGCCCUGCUCUGACCAUUUCUAAGGUUUUGCUGUCGAUUUGUUCAUUGUUGACAGAUCCGAACCCUGAUGAUCCCUUGGUGCCAGAGAUUGCUCACAUGUAUAAGACAGACCGGGCAAAGUAUGAGGCAACUGCAAGGAGCUGGACUCAGAAGUAUGCCAUGGGCUAGUGUGCUUUCAUUUCUAGGGCUUUUUUUCUAGGAGUUUGGUAUGUCAUAAUGUAGAAAUGAAGUUUGCCUUUUGUCCUUUCUACCCCUGUAAUGGACAAAAACGUAGAAUAGAACUGAGUUGCAUCCUCAAGAAAAAAGAGAGCAAACAGAGUCCUUCAAGAUUGUUUGUAUGGAAAAUUUGAUCUGUGAAACUAUUCAAAAAAAAGUGUUUAUUUUAUCUUGUUGAAUAUACAACUGUUUAAUUUGGGGA